UUUAAUAUUUAGAACCUAUUGAUGUCUCUGAUCACUCCUGGAACAUUAUUUGGGUAUUUGGUAUACCUUUAGUAUCCCAUAAAGUAUUUUCAGGAUAAAAAGAAGACUUCUUGAAUUCACUAUUAAGUAUUUUAUCCAGUACUUUCUUAUAACCUUCCUCAUCAUUCAAGUUCAUUAAAGGAAGCUUUGACUUAAUUUUCAUAAGAAUUGCUUCAAAUCAGCUAUUUUUAGCAGCAAGUUUCUUAAAGUUUACCAUAGAAGACUUCGUCCUAUCUUUAAGCUGACUCUUUAAACUCUGAUACUCUUCUUCAAAAAGAAUUCCUUCAUCUCUUCACUUCUCAAGAAUAGCUUUCACUUUUAGCUCAGGAUAUGAGAGCACAAUGAACUCUCAGAAAGUCCUUACUUUAUUCUCAAUAUGCUGGGUUCCAAAUAUAAUAGGCACAAAGCCUACUGUAAAUGCUUCUGCGUAAGAUUCAAUGAAGUCCUCAUUUCUGCUUGAUUUAUAUCUUCACUUGGAUCCUACAUAUUUCAGGAUAUAAUCGACUACACUCUUGAAGUUCCUUCAGACAGAGGUAUUCCUUGCAUCAGUACGUUGUUUGCUUCCUCUUUUGUUAGCUCUAUGCCUGAAUCUGUCAAUAAUUUUCUCCCAUAGAGUCUCUGGAGAUACAUCCUUAAUAACCCUCGGCCUGCCUUUAUUUGUUCUUCCUGUUUCUGAGAGUGAGGUAUAGCUCGAUGUAGUAGUCCCUUUCAAGUCUUUUUAUACCAAGAAAGAGGAAAUUUUGAAUCCUGAAAGAGGACCAUACUUUUCUGGUGAUAGAUGGGACAUCAUUUGUGAAGGAAAAAUCUCUUUCGAGUCAAUUGGAGUUGUAACUUCUUCUUUUAACAAAUUUUCCACUCUUUGGGUAGUAAAUACUGAAUUCGAUGAAGUGCUACAAUUAUCCGGAGUCGAGCAAGAUUCAGGUUGAGAUCUUAUGUAUUUAUUUCAAAACACUAUAUCAGGCACUCUUAAUUAAAUCUCUGUUGGUUAAAUCAUGAUUUCAUCAGGUGCAUCAAUUUGAAUUUCUCACAUUUCGUGGAACAAAUCUUGGAUCAAAUCCAUUGAACCGGCUCAUAUUCAUAAAGCCUGGUCUCCCAAAGCUAUUUAUCAUCUCACUAGGUGCAUGGUUUGGUAUGUAUUGGCCUGCAUUCCUCAAUUUAUUUUCAAACAAAUUAUGAUUAG